CAGAAACUUCCUCGCUGGAGGAAAAAAUGGCGAAUCGGGCAAAAAUAUCAGCAAUCAACCCGUGUCUCACCGAAUUAAGGCGAAUAAUGGAUUUUCUCGCCGCGCCGACCACUCGGAAGUGUCGCUGCACUCAUCGACUCGCCAGAAAUUAAACAACUAGCUGGCGGACGGGACGCGUUUUGUGACUGCCAAACAUGAUGUGCAACAAGCCCUAAAACAGGCUCGUCCACAUUCUGCCUUACGAGGCCACCCGAGUGUGUCUGCAGCCGAUCAGGGGCAUGGAAGGCUCGGACUACAUCAAAGCCAGUUUCAUCGACGGAUACAAGUACCGCGCUGCGUACAUUGCGACGCAAGGACCUCGGGCCCACACCUCGGAGAACCUUUGGCGCAUGCUGUGGGAGCGCAACUCGACCAUUAUCGUCCUGCUCACCAAACUCAAAGAAAUGGGCCGAGAAAAAUGUUUCCAAUACUGGCCAAACGAAUGGUCCGUGCGCUACGAUUGCUUAGUGGUGGACCCAAUUGCUGAGUACAACAUGCCCCAGUACAUUCUGAGAGAAUUCAAAAUAUCUGAUUCGAGAGACAGCAGUCGCGGACGAUUCGUCAGUUCCAGUUUGUGGACUGGCCAGAGCAAGGCGUUCCCAAAAUUCCCACAUGCGCGAAUUUUGAGGACGCAGAGAACAGCGAUGGUCCAAACGGAGACUGAAGACCAGUAUAUUUUUAUUAACGACGCUCUGCUUGAGCACUUCAUUUGCGGCAACUCCGAAGUUCCCGCCCGAAGUCUGCACUCUCACUUGCAAAGACUGCUCAUAGCUCCAAUCGCACCUGAUCAACCCACAGGAAUGGAGCUUGAAUUUAAGAAAUUAAACAAUUAGCUGGCGGACGGGACGCGUUUUGUGACUGCCAACAUGAUGACAUGUGCAACAAGCCCAAAAACAGGCUCGUCCACAUUCUGCCUUACGAGGCCACCCGAGUGUGUCUGCAGCCGAUCAAGGGC